AAGGUAUUUGUCUGUAAAUUGUGUACCCUUUGUACAGCAAUGUACUGCUGGCAUUUUAUAAAUAAAUAGAAUAAUAAUUUACUAGAUUCUACAGAUCUGGGACUGCUUUGCUCCCACCCCUCAUUUUUAACACUCUACUUCUUAAUUCAUUGUUCUGUUCCAUCCUAGUACCUCCCCCAGCCCUCCCCAGCCCCUCAACUGUGUUAGCCGGCUUCGCAAACAAAAGAUCCUUCUUCUGCUUUGCCAGCAGUAGCUAUACUCCACCUAUAUAAAUCCACUUUCUGUUUCACGUGAUUGUUAGUGAUCAUCGGAUGCAGCCUAUACAGUUCCAUGCUGGGUAUCCUGGGAAUUGUAGUUUAAACCUGAUCUGCUAGGAUACGAAGAGGGAGAGAGAACUACACUUUCCGACAUACUCUGGGGCUUCUCUCUCCAAAUGGCUGGUGAAAUCCUCCAGUCAGAGCCCAGCUCACACAAAGGGCCAUCUGCGGCAGGUAGGAGGUGAGCCAGGGAUGUGGCUGUAUUCUGUGUGGGUAUUGUUUAUUAAUAUGGGGACAGAAGGGCUGUAAAACUAAUGUGUUAGAGGAUAUUAUUAGCACAAACAGAAUCAGCCUGGGUGCCUAUAUAUGUGAGUGCUUACAUUAAAUUCUGCUAUUAAAUUAAACCUAAAUAUUUGUAUCCCCAUAAGAUACAUGUGAGUUUAUAUAUACUGAAUACUGCAAUUGUAUGCCUUUUGUUAAUUCAUGAGCUGUUGUAAUCAUAAAUACAUAUGUGGUAUUUCUGUGUACCACUAUACACUAUUAUCUAUUAAAUAAUAAGGAUUCUGUUAGACUGUUAGCUAGGUUGCACCAAUUGCAUUUAAAGAGAUAAAUAAUCAAGCCAAGAGCAAUCAGUGCAUGCAGGGCUGUUCACUGGUUUAGCCUUUGUCUUUUUAGUGCAGUAAUAGGGUGGUGGUAUCAAGAUGGAGCACUGUAUAUAAAGAGAAAAAAGAAGUCAUGUUUUUGCAAGAAAAAAUUGUGUGCAAAUAUAAUUUCUGACACAGGGGGACCCUGUAACUACACUUAAUGGUGGUGGUAACUCCAGGGUUCCUAAGACAGCCUGUGUCAAUAAACGAAGUAAACUUGCGCCUACAGAAUGAGGUUGCAUUGUUACCUCGAGAAGUUAGACUGGAAUUGUUGGAACACACAUUACAUUGUGAUUUAAAGCAUGGCAAUUGCACACAACAUUGUACUUUACACACUGUGCCUUGGUGAGUUAAGGACCCCAUAUGCCUGACUCUUCUCAGCAAGCACCACAGAGUGAUCAUCAUCUUGCUUCUUGCUCUUUUCAUUUGGGUGCUUAUAUGCAGUAGAGUGAAAAACCAAACUUGAACAAAAAACACAGGCUUUUUUACUCUGCUGUGCGUGUGUCGGCCAGGAGCCACUGAUGAAUGAAGAAGAGUAAAAAGAAGAUCACUUCAUGGUGCUCACUGAGAAGUACCCCGGAGCACCAGCCCACGGCAUAAGGUAAGUUAUAAUAAUCAAGUGAGUUGUGCCUAACAUUUGGCAACUCCCCUUCUCCAGUAACUGAAUCCUUCCUUCUCACACACAAUCUUCAAGAUUUUUUAACUUUUAUCCUGGCUUUGUUCAAAGCACAAAUAUGGCAUACCCUUAUACCUGCUUUCUGUACGUCACUAAUACCAAGGGCUUCCACCUUAUGCCUUGAUAAAUCCAAAUACCUACAUUCUGCCCAAUAACAUGCAAAGAUUGUAACCUGGAAUAGAGAUAACAUCAAAUUUAAUGGAUAUCUAUAGAGAUUCAAAUUGGGUCUUGUGUAUAAUCUAGAUCUGCCUGAUAACUUUUUUCCUAUCUUCUUCACAGAUUUCAAGGCCCCAUGUAGCUGCUUCAGUGGCAGCUAGGGUUGCCACUUUUUUUUGAAAAAAAUAUCAAGCAUAAUUUUUACCAGUCCGGCCAGUAAAAUACUGGCCAGGUGGCAACCUUAGUGGUCAUCCCCAAUGCAGAACAAAUGGGGACCAUAUUCCUUUUCCAAGAGGCACAGUUUCUGAAGACGCCUUUUAAAUAUUGCAGUUAUGCUAAUGCUGACCCAUCCUUAUGCCUCAAGAGAGAGAAUAAGCCUGAUUACCCAAAGUUCAGGAAUUUUACAACACAGAAAGGACAACCUUGGACUUUGUAAAGAAUCUGACUUCUACACAUCCAACUGAACCUGUUUUCUUGCUUAUUAUUAAUUUAAUUGAUGACUAGUCAAAUACUUUGGCACCACAUUUUCUCUGUUUAUUAGGUUAUCGGAUGAAUUUGUCUCUCUCUUACGUCAAAACUAGCAUUUUGUCUGGAUUAUGGAAGAUAAACCUUUACAAUGUCAUCCAGACGAAGCCAGUUUACUGAGAGGAAAUCCAUGUCCAGUUAAUUUGCCAGAUACACUGAGCCAAAAUGAGAUGGAAAAUGGACCCUCGUUGCAAGAAACCAAAGAAAGUUUCCAAGCACCAGUCAAGACUAGCAGAAGUGAUCUAGAAAAUGAUACAUUUCUGAUAAAGGACCUAUCUUCCAGAUAUCAGUACAGUGAUCCAUUUGGUGGCACUUCUAGGAAAGAGCAGAAGAUGAAGUACAGAGGUUGGACAGGACACAGACAGUAUGUAUGCAUGGACUGUGGGAAAUGCUUCACUCACAGCUCUACUCUUUCAACCCAUCAACGUACCCAUACAGGGGAGAAACCCUAUGGCUGUUCUGACUGUGGCAAGUGUUUCACUCGCAGCUCCACGCUCGCCACUCACCAAAGGAUCCACACUGGAGAGAGACCGUACGUAUGUAUGGAGUGUGGAAAGACUUUCAUUCAGAGCUCGCACCUUGUGUUGCAUCAGAGGAUACACACAGGCCACAAACCAUAUUGCUGUGCGGAUUGUGGGAAACGUUUCAGCGACAGGUCACAUUAUGUCAUACAUCAAAGGACUCACACUGGGGAAAAACCUUAUAUGUGCACUCAGUGUGGAAAAAGCUUUACCAGCAAUUCCAAUCUUGUAGCCCACCAUAAACUCCACACCGAAAAUACCAUUUACAUCUGUAAUCAGUGUGGGAAGAGUCUAAGUAACAGACUAACAUUUGCUAGCCAUCAAAAGACUCACCUGGCAGAAAAACCAUUUGUAUGUGUGGAGUGCGGCAAAGGCUUUACACGUAAGCUGCAGCUGGUGUUGCACAAGAGAAUCCACACGGGUGAGAGACCCUUUGCAUGCAAAGACUGUGGGAAAAGGUACACUCGCAAGUCGUAUCUUAUCAUACAUCAGAAGAUCCACACUGCGGAGAUGCUGUAUGCCUGCAGUGAGGGUGGCGAGAGCUUUCAUGAACACUCUAGUCUCAACUCACACCGGAAAUGCCAAAAGGACGAGGGACCCAUAUUUGACAGCAGAGAAGACAAAAGCUUGGUAUCACAGCAGUGAUUGUGGUAGUUCUCAAAUAAAUGACCCCUAGUGAAUGUAUACUACAGCUUUUAAAGUGGUGGUUCACCUUUAAAUUAACUUAGUAUGCUACAGAAUGGCUUA